CACCGCGCUUCCUGGUGUGUGUUCACGAGCGAUGGGAGAGUUUGUGGAAAGUCGCGCAUCAUCUUCUGCGAACUCUGAUUGAUCUGGAGUAAUUCCCUCUAAGAGCUGCAAAUUCAGUUCAUUGACCACAGGAGAUGUUUUAAGAGUUCUCAGCCGUUUAAAACUAUUUCUGUACAACCAGAGCGGAGAAAUGGCAAGUGACAAAACUGCAUCUGCUGAGGAUACCCGCUCUUCCAGAGUCAUCAGGGUGGUCUUUUUGGCACUGCUGCUUGACUUGCUGGGUUUUACAUUAAUAUUACCCCUGCUCCCCUCUAUCCUGGACCACUACAGUCAAAUUGGGGACAGUGUGUACCAGUCAUUACAGAGUAUAGUGGACUGGUUCAGAGGUGCAGUUGGAGUUCCUAUGGAAACUAAAUAUAACAGUGUUCUUUUUGGAGGUCUGAUAGGCUCGCUCUACUCUUUGCUACAAUUUCUGUCAUCACCCAUUACUGGGGCUCUUUCAGAUGACUAUGGAAGAAAACCACUGCUGCUUUUAACAACUGUGGGUCUCAUAGGCUCCUACAUUCUGUGGGCUUUUUCUCGCAGUUUUAGCAUUUUCCUCCUGUCUCGGGUGGUGGGAGGAAUUUGUAAGGGUAAUGUCAGCCUGUGCACUGCUAUUGUGGCUGACCUACCUUGUCCUAAAGCAAGAAACAAGGGAAUGGCAAUGAUUGGUGUUGCUUUCUCCUUGGGAUUCACACUGGGGCCAUUAAUGGGAGCAUACUUUGCUCUGAAGCUCAAAGAUGCUGAGAUGUUUUAUCAAGGCCCUGCCAUGUUGGCUGUACUUUUUUCUUUAGGAGACCUGAUCUUCAUUUUCCUCAUGCUGCCAGAGACCUUACAAAAGGACAGCAAGGUGACAGAAUGCAAUGCAGAGAGGCCAAACAGCAAAAAUGAAUCAUCAGAAUCGUCAGGUAUUCAACAAUCUGGAGAUCUUCUUUACCCUGUAGCACUUUUCAAUUUCACUGCUGUCACAAGAACAGAGAAUCCACCAUCUGAACAAAAAAUGCAAAAUCUGAAGAUGCUUGGCUUGGUUUACUUCACAUAUCUAUUUCUCUUCUCUGGGUUGGAAUUCACUUUGAGUUUUCUAACACAUCAGCGCUUCCAGUUUUCAAGCAUGCAGCAGGGGAAGAUGUUCUUUUUCAUUGGCAUUACCAUGGCGGUGAUCCAGGGCGGAUAUGCCCGCAGGAUCAAACCAGGUCAUCAGAUCCAGACUGUUAGCAUGGCAAUUGUAUCCCUUAUACCAGCCUUCUUGCUCAUUGGAAUGGCAUGGAAUUUGACACUCCUCUAUUCUGGCUUAUUUUUGUACUCCUUUGCUGCUGCUAUUGUUGUUCCAUGCCUUUCAGCGCAGGUGUCUGGACAUGGCUCAGCCAGUCAGAAGGGAACAGUAAUGGGAAUCCUUCGGAGUCUUGGAGCUUUAGCUCGAGCUCUAGGCCCCAUUGUGACUUCUUCAGUGUACUGGUUGGCUGGAGCCGAAUUAUGCUUUAUAGCCAGUUCAGCAUUCUUUAUAGUCCCUCUGGUUUUACUGAGGAGACUGAAAAGACAGAAGGAGGAGUAACAUCGAGAGUUUUAAGGAAUAACUGUUGUGUCAUUAGGGCUCAAACCUCUUCUCCAUUGUUGCCUUAGUGUCACUUAAGAAAGUUUCAAUUGAAAUGUUUACAGUGUACACAAUAUACCAACAUUUAUACAUGUACAUGAACAUUCUUAAUGUGUACUGUAAUUUUUUAUUUUGGAUAUGUUUAUGCCUCUUUACUUGCUUAACUAAUAUAUAUAUAUAUAUACACACACACACACUACCAGUCAAAAGUUUUGAAACACUUACUCAUUCUUUAGUAUAAUUUUUUUCACAUUUUUGAAUAAUAGUAAAGUCAUCAAAACUAUGGAAGAACAUAAAUGGAACUAUGGGAAUUAUGUUGUGACUAAACAAAAUCCAAAAUAAAUCAAAACUGUGUUAUAUUUUAGCAUCUUCAAAGUAGUCACCCUUUGCCUAGAAUUUGCAGACAUGUACUUCUGACAUUUUCUCAACCAACUUCUUGAGGUAUCACCCUGGGAUGCUUUUUAAACAGUAUUGAAGGAGUUCCCAUCUAUGCUGGGCACGUAUUGGCUGCUUUUCUUUAUUAUUUGGUCCAAGUCAUCCAUUUCAAAAACUUUUUUUUAUUUUUUAUACAAUUUUAGUUUUAUAAUGAAAUAAAUUAAUAUGGUGGCACAAUUAUAUUUUUGUCUACAAAACUAAUUUCAAACAUUUAAGCAUACGCCUUCAGAUCAAAAGAUUUUUAAGAUCAUGAGAAACAUUUCAGUCAAGUGUUUCAAAACUUUUGACCGGUAGUAUAUAUAUAUAUAUAUAUAUAUAUAUAUAUACUUUU